AUGCCGGACUUUGGCCUGGAUGACGAUGAUAGGGGAUCCAACGGCAGCUCGGACAAUGAGCAGGAUGAGUUGAACGAAGAUGUGGAUGACAACGAGGUGGAUGCAACUAUGGAUGUGGAUGGAGAUGACGAUGGAGAGGGAGAUGGAGAUGGGGAUGGGGAUGACGAAGAGAACGAUGAUGACAACGGAGAUGACGAUCAGGAUGGAGGCGACGACGAUGAUGAUGCCACAGCGGCGCGCCCCCGUAGACCAAGCAUGCCCACGACGAAUACCAGUUCAGACGAUACCCCUAUUGCCAGUCAAGUCAAUGGAAUAGGCCCUACAUCACAUCCAAGACCGGUUCUCACUCGAACGUCUGCCUCUCCGCGGCCGGUCUCUGCACCUCUACAAUCACCGAAGAUUCGGUACGAAGUGCGCGCAGAAGCCCUCGCAGCAUCUACAUACGACAUAAUUCCUACAAUGGCUGCCCCUCAGAGUACAUCAAUAAAUGCGAUCACGGCGACACCAGAUAUGAGAUAUUGGUUCUCGGGUGGUUCUGAUUGCUAUAUUAGGAAAUACGACGGAGCUGCCACAGUCAAUGGCAAGACACUUCUCACUGUGGCGCAAAGACACCCUUUUGUGGAUAGUGUGGUAAAAGCAGGAGUUUUGAUGAGCUAUUGGGAUAAUGAAGAACCGUUGGCAAAGACUGCAGGGGAAGAACCCCCAUUUUCGCCUGUAUAUUCCUUGGCCGUCCAGUCGCAAGCUCUGUGGAUGCUCUCCGGAUUGGAAUCAGGAGCUAUAAAUCUAUAUUCUGUACGACACGAUGAAGGAAAGCGUAUCGCGUAUAUGCUAAAGCAUAAAUCCGCGGUUUCUGUUUUGACUUUGGCUCAGGAAGAAAAGUCUGUACUAUCAGGAAGUUGGGAUAAGAACGUGUACGAUUGGGAUCUGAAUACAGGUCAGGUCACGAGGGGAUUUGAAGGAAGUGGGGGUCAGAUCUCUGCUAUUGCAGUACGGCCAGCAUCAAGUUUGCCUGUGCCAGAAGAGUCAGGAGAACCAGUACCCAAGAGCGAGACUUUCUCAAGCAGCAACGAGAAGCCAUUUACGAAUGGCAAUGGAGUUAAUGGCACACAUGACACAGAGCCAGGGGGUGAAGAUGCACCAGGAUCACCAGCAGGGUCGCUAUUCGGUGGCGGUAGCGACAACGAUUCUCUAUUUGGGGAGACGGCUGGCGAUGGAGCCCCAUCUGGAGGAGUUUUUGGGGACGAGGAUGAUGAGUUCUCCCGAGCGAUCGAGUCGUCCAAUAUCAACAACGAGGAAAAUUUAGAUGCACAGGGCGAUGUCAAUAUGGGAGAGGCUCCGACACAACCGGAACCUGUACCAGAACCGGCUCCAGUACCAGAGGUAAAUGGGGAUCAUAUGGAAGUGGAGCCCACGGCUCCUAUGAUCGUUGCAGAAACCCAAGACGCGGUAGCGACGUCAGAUUCGACUUUCCUUGCGGCCUCAAUGGAUGGGACAAUGAGGAUAUGGGAUCGGCGGCAGCCCGACCCCGUGGCACGGAUGUCGACCAGAACCGGCGUUCCACCAUGGUGUAUGGCAGCUUGUUGGUCCCCGGAUGGGAACUUCGUCUAUGCUGGCAGAAGAAAUGGCACCGUGGAGGAGUUCAGCCUGCACAAGGGGCUCAAAACCCCAAGCCGAACAUUCAAAUUCCCUCAAGGAAGUGGAGCGGUUAGUGCUAUCCGAGCCAUGCCCAACGGACGGCAUUUAAUUUGUGCCUCACAUGAUAUUCUUCGUCUCUAUGAUUUGAAGGAGCCACAGUCUACUAAACACUCGACGGUACCAUUCUUGAUCGUCCCAGGUCCACCGAGGGCAGGUGUCAUCAGUGCUUUGCACAUUGACCCGACCUGCAGGUAUAUGCUUUCAGCUGCGGGAAACCGGGGAUGGGAAGGCAGUAGUACCGAGGUCUUGAUUGGAUACGAGAUUGGUAUUCCUCCGUGA